UAACUGAACAUGCUAACCACGCUAAGGACAAUUUAUUUGAAGUUAAUAUUAAUAAAUAUGAUGGUGUUGUUUGUGUUGGUGGGGACGGCACGUUCAGUGAAGUGAUGCAUGGUCUCAUUGGAAGAAUGCAGAAGGACUCUGGCAUAGACCAAAAUAAUCCCAAAGCACCGUUAGUCCAGUGCAAUAUAUCUCUAGGUUUUUAUUUUUCAGGAUCAACAGAUUGCAUAUGCUAUUCAACUGUUGGCAUUUCUGAUCCAGUAACAUCAGCUCUUCAUAUUAUUGUAGGUGACUGUCAGCCUCUGGAUGUCUCUUCUAUACAUCAUAACAACACAUUUUUGAAAUACUCUGUAUCAUUGCUGGGUUAUGGUUUUUAUGGAGAUAUAUUAAAAGAUAGUGAAAAGAAGCGGUGGAUGGGUCCGAUGAGAUAUGACUACUCAGGCUUCAAGACUUUUCUUUCUCAUCAUUACUAUGAAGGAACAAUUUCUUUUCAACCAGCAAAACACACACUGGGAUCUCCACGAGAUAAAGAUAGCUGCAGAACAGGAUGUUACAUUUGCAAGAGAAGUGAGCAACAGCUGGCAGAGCAGCACAAGGAAUGUGGAUUAAAACAUGAAGAAGGUGAAGAAGAAUGGAAGGUUAUUAAAGGGAAAUUUCUAGCCAUCAAUGCAGUAAAUAUGAGCUGUGCCUGUCCACGAAGUCCAAAAGGUCUUUCACCAGCAGCUCAUUUGGCAGAUGGUUCAGCUGACCUCAUUCUAGUUCGUAAAUGCUCCAGAUUUGAUUUUCUACGGUAUCUUGUGAGACAUACAAAUGAAGACGAUCAGUUUGACUUCUCAUUUGUAGAUGUUCAUCGGGUGAAGAGUUUUCAAUUUACGUCAAAGCUUUCAGAAGACAAUGAAAGCAAUGUUAUGGACGUAGGAAAGAAACGUUUUGGACAGUUCUGCAGAGAUCAUCCAGCCUGUUGCUGUAAUAUUGCUAAUAGCACCUGGAAUUGUGAUGGAGAAACUCUGGACAGUUCAGAAAUUGAAGUGAGGGUUCACUGCCAGUUAAUGAAACUAUUUGCAAGGGGAAUCGAGGAAAACUAAAGAUGAAGCUGCCUACAGCCAGAGUAAUGUUGAACAAUUACUAUGGACAUUGCUCCUCCAGUGGGGAGAAGAAAAAAUAAAAGCUCAAGGAAAUUGAGUAAAUAUGCAUUUUAGUCAAAUUGACAAGUAUUUUAAAAUUUUAGAAUUUUUUUUGAUGGCUUCAGUAUAAUUUUAGACAUCUUAUUGCAUUGUGUCAUUUUUUUUAAAAACAUUGUAGUCAUUAGAAUAUAUCUUGGAGCAAUGUAAUCUAAGUUAUGUUAGAAAAGAGAGGAUUGGCAUAUCUAUAUGUAUACACGAUGACUGAUGAAUUCUCUGUGCUUUUCUAGAGAGCUAAUCUAGCAGUUGUGUUGCAAUAAUAUCUAAAUGUUGUAAAACAUUGGACUUUCCAUUGUCAUCAAACCAAGAUAUCAAGACAAGAUAUUUUCAGUGUCUGAGAAGAUGUUUUCUGCUGGGAGUGUUAUGUAGUUGCAUGUGGCUUAAAUGCUGGAUGACAG